ACAAUAAACAAAUAUCAAGAAUAAAGAGACUCACGAUUAAAGUAAUAAGAGAAAAAUGUAAAAAUAAAUUUCACGACUUUUGCACAUCUUACGAUAUGAACAUUUAUGUUUCAACGAUUAACGAGGAAUGGUAUAACAAUCAGUGUGAACAUUUCAUAAAAUUAUUUAAUGACUUUUUGUCAAAUUGUUGUACAAAAGAAAAUACAAUGGCAACGUCUUCAAUUAAUCAGACACCAAAGGUAAUUAUAAAUGUAACUGAAGAAGAUACGACACUUAAGGAAAUAUCAGCACAAGUAGAAGAACAAUCGAAAAACAGGAGAAGUGUUGGAAAAUACAAAGAAAAAGUUACCCCUUCAGAUGAUGUAAUAGAAGAUCUCAAUUCUCAUAAAGAAGAUGAAGAAAAAGAACAUCAAGAACAACGAGAUAAUGAUAAAAAUAAUGAAGAAAUUAUAGAUAAUUUCACAAAAUGUUCAAACUCUGGCCAAAAAAUCGAUGGAAGAGAAUGUCAACAACUGAAAAGCGCAAAAUCCGAAUUAUAUAAGUGGUUCCAACAAUUUAAAGAAUCCGGAAAUAUAACUCACUUUGAUCACUUUAAAACUAAAGGAUUAAAACUUAUGGAAGAGUAUGACGUAUUAAAAACAUAUAACGACAGAUACAACUGGCUGCAUUGUUGUUUCAAAUCUUUCGAAGAACAGGAAUUUCGUCUUCAAAUUCAAGAGCUCACGCACCGAUUGAAGAAGAAGGACAUUAAAAGAGAUAACGUUUAUAUUAUGUUUAAAACCCAAUUUUAUUGGAAAAGUCUUAUACCGAAAAGCGAUAAAAAAAUUGACAUGCAAAAAUUAACAGGCUACCUAAAUGUUAUAUUUUGUACAAAUAUUACAGAUGACCAUAAAUUACCACCAUUUUAUUUUUAUAACAGUACAAUGCAAACAACCGCUAAGGAUAUAAAAAAUAUUCCUAAUUUAUGUACAACAAGCGGUGAAAUUCAAAAAAUUGUCAAGGAUUGGUACAAUAAUCAUUUUGUGAGACUUGUGAAAAAACGUCAACAGGAAACAAAUGUAAGCGACAAAGUGCUUUUAAUCGUUUCUGGUUCCAAAACGCAUCUUGAUAUUCAUACAAAAGAUAUUACGCAAAAUGACAAUUUUGAGAUACAGUUUAUUCCAGGAGGCAUUACACUAAUAUAUAAAAUAAUACAAAUCAUUACUAAAGAAAUAAGAAAUAAAUGUAAAGAAGUAUUUCACGAGUUUUGCACAUCUUACGACAUAAACAUUUAUGUUUCAACGAUUAACGAGGAAUGGUAUAAUAAUCAGUGUGAACAUUUCAUAAAAUUAUUUAACGACUUUUUGUCAAAUUGUUGUACAAAAGAAAAUACAAUGGCAACGUCUUCAAUUAAUCAGACACCAAAGGUAAUUAUAAAUGUAACUGAAGAAGAUACGACACUUAAGGAAAUAUCAGCACAAGUAGAAGAACAAUCGAAAAACAGAAGAAGUGUUGGAAAAUACAAAGAAAAAGUUACCCCUUUAGAUGAUGUAAUAGAAGAUCUCAAUUCUCAUAAAGAAGAUGAAGAAAAAGAACAUCAAGAACAACAGGAUAAUGAUAAAAAUAAUGAAAUUACAGAUAAUUUCACAAAAUGUUCAAACUCUGGCCAAAAAAUCGAUGGAAGAGAAUGUCAACAACUGGAAAGCACAGGAUCUGCAGAUAACAUUAUAAGUGUUGAAGACAAUGUAGAAUCAAGCCAACAUGAAAAUAUUCUCGCGUUUGAUGAUAAUAUGAUAAACUCAGCUUCAAUUAGUGCUACUGAGUACGUACAAAUGUUUGUGAAGAGACUAACAGAAAUGAUAAGAAACAUACUUUUUUCGGUUAAACAAGAAUUUGAAACGUGUCAUAAACAAGAUAGUGAUCAUACAAAAAAUGAAAUGGCUGCAGCAUAUGUUUAUCGAAAUACUAUUAGUAAUAUUGAACGUACUCAAAGUCCAGUAAAUCAAGCAAUCGGACAACCUGCUGAAAAUGUUAUUCAAGAGCUCACGCACCGAUUGGAGAAGAAGAACGUUAAAAGAGAUAAUGUUUAUAUUAUGUUUAAAACAAAAUUCCAGUGGUCGAAAACUUUUAUACCGAAAAGCGAGAAGAAAAUUGACAGGCAAAUAUUAACAGACUUCCUAAAUGUUAUAUUUUGUACAAAUAUUACAGAUUGGUGCAAUAAUCAUUUUGUGAAACUUGUGAAAAAACGUCAACAGGAAACAAAUGUAAGCGACAAAGUGCUUUUAAUCGUUCUUGGAUCCAGGAUGUUUCCUGAUAUUGAUGCAAAAUAUAUUACGCAAAAUGACAAUUUCGAGAUAAUUUCACAAAAUGUUCAAACUCUGGCCAAAAAAUCGAUGGAAGAGAAUGUCAACAACUGGAAAGCACAGGAUCUGCAGAUAACAUUAUAA